AUGGAGUCAAAGAGUCGUGAGUGGAUGCAGUGCAAAAAAAAUGACCCUAGGUAUAAGAUUGGUGUGAAACAAUUUAUAGAAUUUGCUUUUUCACAAAAAAAUGUCAAAGAUGUGGUGCCUUGUCCAUGUGUGAAAUGCAACAACGAAAGGAGAAAAUGUAGAGAUGAAAUAGAGUUGGAUUUGCUUAAAUUUGGAAUUGUUAAGAGUUAUACACGCUGGUUGCGGCAUGGGGAAAGCAUCAUUGAUCAGACAACUCAUAACAAUAUCAUAAACGAGUCAAAUGAAUUCCAGGAGCAUGAGCAUGAUGAAAUGUUAGAUAUGCUACAUGAGGCAUUUGGAGUACCGAUAGAAAAUUAUGUUGAGGGAGAGAGAAAUAAAGUGAGUGAAGGUGGAGAUCCUAAAGAUGCAGCAGAAGCUUUUUACAAAUUGAUGGGUGAUCUUGAGUUGGAGCUAUAUCCUGGGUGUAAGCAAUUCUCUAAGUUGUCCUUCUUAGUUAAGUUAUUUCACAUAAAGUGCUUAACUGGAAUAUCCGACAAAAGUUUGGAAAUGGUUCUUAACCUAUUCAAAGAAGCAUUACCUAAGGAUAACACUUUGCCGGAAUCUUAUUAUGAAGCUGAAAAGAUCAUAAAGAACUUGUCGCUUAAGUCCAUUAAGAUUGACGCAUGUCCUAAUAACUGCAUCUUAUUUUGGAAGGAGCAUGCCGAUGCAAAUGAAUGUGUAAAGUGUCAUGCUUCUAGAUGGAAAAAGAAUGAACCAAGUAGCGAAUCUUCUACCUCACAAUCUAAGCCUAAGAAGAUUCCUAGCAAGACAAUGCGUUAUUUUCCGUUGAUCCCUAGGCUUCAAAGAAUUUUCAUGUCAACCAAAACCGCUGCAAGUAUGAGAUGGCAUAGCGAUGAACGUGUUGAUGAUCCUGAUGGAGUAAUGAGACAUCCAGCGGACUCCAAAGCUUGGAAAUCGUUUGAUGAACAAUAUCCAACAUUUCCCUCCGAGCCUCGAAAUGUUCGCCUCGGUUUAGCAAGUGAUGGGUUUAGCCCCUUUAGAAAUGGACAUAUUCCCCACAGUACAUGGCCGGUAGUUCUUAUCCCGUAUAAUUUGCCUCCAUGGCUUUGCAUGAAGCAACAAUCUUUCAUUCUCUCUAUGCUUAUCCCAGGUCCUAAGGGGCCCAAAGAUAAAAUUGAUGUUUACUUGCAACCUCUAAUAGAGGAGUUGAAGUUGCUUUGGGAAGUUGGUGUUGAAACAUACGAUGCCUCAAAAAAAGAGAAUUUUAGAAUGUUUGCUUCUUUGCUGUGGACUAUAAGUGAUUAUCCUGCAUAUGGUGAUCUAUCUGGUUGGAGUACUGGCGGAGCUGUUGGUUGUCCUUCUUGUAACAGUGAUACUUGUUCUAGGUGGUUGUCAAAUGGGGGAAAACAUUGUUAUAUGGGUCAUCGUAGAUUUUUACCUAUGAGUCAUAUGUGGAGGUAUGAUGGAAGUACUUUUGAUGGGAAGCAAGAGUUGAGACCAAAACCUAAGCAGUUAUCUGGUGAGGAACUGCUACAACAGGUUAAUGAUGAACAAGCUUCUUCAAAACAUACUUCAAAAAAGAGGCGACGCACAAAGAAGAAGCAAAAGGCAACAAAAUUAUGGCGAAAGAAAAGCAUUUUCUUUGAAUUGCCAUAUUGGAGUAGUCUUUUGAUACGCCAUAAUUUGGAUGUGAUGCACAUUGAAAAAAACGUAUGUGAAACUUUACUUGGGACAUUGCUAGAUAUUGAAGGGAAAAGUAAGGAUAAUAUGAAAGCACGUUUAGAUUUGGAGGAAAUGAACAUUAGAAAGUCAUUGCAUCCUAUAAGAGAUCCUAAUAAUCCAACAGAGAUCCCAAAAGAGUUCCCACCAGCUCCUUUUACCUUAUCUUUGGAGCAAAAGAGGAAUCUGUGUAACUUUUUGACUAGUGUGAAAUUUCCGGAUGGGUAUGCUUCGAAUAUUUCACGAAAUUCCUCACUUAAAGAGCGUAAACUCUCUGGGUUGAAAAGUCACGAUUAUCAUGUUAUCUUGGAGCAUCUAUUGCCUCUUACCAUACGUGACUUGCCCGUAUCAUUGUCCGCUCCACUUAUUAAGUUGAGCGAAUUUUUUAGAGAGUUAUGCUCUAAAGCAUUGAAGAUUGACGAGUUAGAGAAACUCGAAGAGCAAAUUGGUGUUACCCUUUGUGAGUUGGAACGAAUUUUCCCACCAUCAUUUUUUGUGAUUAUGAUGCACUUACCCGUACACCUUGCAAGUGAGGCUUUGAUUGCCGGGCCAGUUCAGUAUCGAUGGAUGUACCCUAUUGAAAGAUAUCUUAGCAAACUAAAAGGGUAUGUACGCAAUAAAGGUCACCCGGAGGGAUCAAUGGAAGAAGGUUAUCUUUUAGAGGAGUGCUUGACAUUUUGUUCAAGAUAUAUGGAUGAUGUAGAAACAAAAUUCAACAAGCAAGAUAGAAUUUAUGAUGAUGAUGGUGAUGAUGAUAUUAGUUCAACUGACUGCCUUCCUAUAUUCGGGAUAAGAGUUAGAGCAUUUGGGAAGGAAAAUCCUCGUUUACUUAGUACAAAGGAAUGGGAAGAAAUUCACUAUUAUGUGUUGAACAAUUGUGAAGAAGUGCAACCAUUCAUCGAUGAGUACAAUCGCGAUGCGACAAAUGCCACGGGGAUGGUUUCUUCACGUAAAAGAAAAUUCAUUCAAUGGUUUAGAGAUCAAGUCACAACAUUGUCUAAGAGAAAACAUCCAAGUGCUACCAAUAAUUUAAUAUCAUUAGCACAAGGUCCAGAUCGUGCGGUGGUGUCUGUCAAUGGAUACAUGGUUAAUGGGUCGAUGUAUCGCACUAAGAACAGUGAAAGGGAGAGAGAAACACAAAAUAGCGGCGUUGUUGUGAAGGGAGAAAGUGGAGCUUCAAAUCUAGAAUAUUACGGCCUUUUGCAAGAAAUCAUAGAAGUUCAAUAUAUUGGAGGAAAUCGGGUCAUUUUGUUCAAAUGCGAUUGGUGGGAUGUUCAUACCCAAGGCCAAGGGAUCAUUACAGAUUCUUUUGAGUUUGUAAGCGUCAAUACCUCAAAAGUGUUGGCUAAUGAUCCUUACAUUUUAGCUUCUCAAGCUCAACAAGUGUUUUAUGUCGAUGAUGUUGUGAAGCCCAAUUGGAAGGUUGUAGUUAAGACUACACCAAGAAACUCCUAUGAUGUCCCGGAGCUAAAUGAAUAGAACGAAGCUGAUUAUAUGCUCGAUAAAUAUUUUCCUAUUACUCAUUUUCAUUGUUAUGUUAUAAAUUAUGAACUUCAAUUGUGUUUCAAUUUAAGCUUUCUACAUUGAAUAUAUUUGUGUUAGUAAAUUGCUCUUUUGUCUUGCCUUUUACCACGCCGUUUACGUUAAGAGUGACUGAUUAGAUUGUUUGAUGAAUUUGUUUGCCAACUUCUCUUGCCACCAU